AUGAUACGAAUGGCUAUGGGGAAUGACUCUUCUGUGACUGAGUUCAUACUCACUGGACUGACAGACCAACCAGAACUUCAGCUGCCCCUGUUUUUCCUAUUCCUGGUGAACUAUAUAACCACGGUGGUAGGAAACUUGAGUUUAAUGAGUCUCAUUUGCUGCAAUUCAAACCUACAGACACCUAUGUACUUUUUUCUCUUUAAUCUGUCUUUUAUUGAUUUAUGUUAUUCAUUUGUCUUUACUCCGAAAACACUAAUGAGUUUUGUCUCAGAGAAGAACAUAAUUUCUUUUACAGGAUGCAUGACACAGCUGUUUUUCAUGUGCUUGUUUGCCAAUUCUGAGUGCUAUUUGCUGACAGCCAUGGCCUAUGAUCGUUAUGUGGCCAUCUGUCAGCCACUUAUGUACACAGUCAUCAUGUCUCCUAUGACAUGUUCCCUGAUGAUGUUUGGUUCAUACUUGAUGGGGAUUGUUGGUGCAAUUGUCCAUACAGGAUGUAUGAUCAGGCUCAGCUUUUGUGAUUCGAACAUCAUCAACCACUACAUGUGUGACAUCUUCCCCCUUCUCGAGCUCUCCUGCAGCAGUACUUAUGUCAAUGAGCUUGUGAGCUCUGUUAUUGUCAGCACAGUAGUCUUUGCAUCUAGUUUCCUCAUCUUAACUUCUUAUGCUUUGAUUCUUUUUAAUGUCACUAAGUUGUCCUCAGGUAAAGGUUUGUGCAAAGCCAUGAGUACCUGUAGCUCUCACAUUAUGACUGUUGUCCUAUUUUAUGGAUUUGGUCUGCUUACCCAUCUCAAAACAGCAUCUGACGAAUCUGUGAAUCAGGGGAAAUUUUUAUCUCUAUUUUGUACAUUUUUAAUGCCUUUGCUAAACCCCUUUAUUUACAGUCUUAGGAAUAAGGAUGUCAAGCUUGCUCUAAAGAGAACACUGAGGAGGCUCACAGUAAACAAAUCACUGGGGCCGCCAUAA